GUUUAUCCAGGAAGAUAAGUAAAAAGUAUUUAUUAUCUAUCAUGUAGCUGAAGUGCAUCAAUUCAAAAUGAAACUCUUGGUGAUAUCAUUGGUCUUGGCUGCCGCUUAUGCCUCCUCACACGAUAGAUCCCCAGAUAUAAUUCCAAUCGAUGGAGGAGUAGAAGGAGACGGUAUAUCGACUCUUUACUGGGACUGCUGUUCGCCAUCCUGUGCGUCAGACAGAGUUAUUCAAACCAAAAAUAAGAUCCCUGUCCAGACCUGCCAAAAAGACGGCAUUACACCCAGCAGGAAAGAAGACAAUACGAAGUCGGGCUGCAUGAAGGGGGGCACAGCCUACCCUUGCACCAACCAAUCCCCCUACCUCGUGAACGAAACUCUGGCUUUUGGAUUUUCGGCUUCUUCCUUCCACGGAGGCGCAGAAACUUCGCAUUGUUGCUUGUGCGUACUGCUGUCUUUCAAAGACCACUUGGCUGGUAAGCAAAUGCUGGUGCAACUGAUCAAUACUGGAUCUGACUUGGGACAUAACCACUUCGACCUUGCCAUUCCCGGAGGAGGAGUGGGAUUAUUCAACAUGGGUUGCACUUAUCAAUGGGGCGCUCCUGUAAACGGCUGGGGAGAGAGAUACGGUGGAGUAAGUUCCAUAGAGGAAUGUGACGAGCUGCCUGAUGUUCUGCAAGAAGGCUGCAGGUUCCGCUUCACGUUUUUGGAAGGUGAUGACAAUCCUGCUCUUUCGUUUUAUCAAGUUAAGUGCCCUGCUGAGCUGAUAGAUAUUUCAAAAUGUGGAGAUAGGGAUUAAAUAAAUGGAAGAUGAGCAAAA